GCCAUUUAACAUAUACAUUGUCUCUAUUACUUUUAAGUACUUUUUCCACGAGAUAAAUAUGAGAGUAUUUAGUCUUUUGUAAUUCUUUUUCGUAAAAACAUCCACUGAUAGGUUGACCAUUAAAAUCUUCAAGGAGAUAUGUUGGCGGGUUGGUUAGGUUUACUUUUCUUAUCAUAAAAAUUUCCGUUGUCCAAUUUGGUGUGUAGCCUUUCUCAAAAACGUGUUUGAACUUGCUUAUUCUAUCAUUUCAUUUCAAGUUUGGCUUUUCUGAUUUUUUAUGAUGAACAAGUUCGUUCAUGCUUUAUCUGAAUACGAGUGCAUGACUGCAUGAGCUUGUCUCCACACACACACAGUGUAGUGCUUUUUUUCCCACUACAUAAAUUUUGAUGUUUGUAUCUCGUAUAAAGACAUGAAUAUUCUUUUCAUAAAUGCUAUUUCAAUUUUUGUAUAAAUAGCGCUUCCGAUAAAGAAGUUCUGUUACAGUCAACGAUGAAUUUCAAAGAAGAACUUUUAGAAGUUGAAGCUGCGGUUAAUUUCAAGCCUUGUAAGAAGGUUGUGGAACUUAAACGUAAUGAAAAGUAUUCCAUCAAAAAACUGAAACGUUGUACAACUAAAUAUGGUGACAGAAUUGUGGCUGAUUUAGGUGAAUUUCAGAUUUUCUUACCAAUGCGCUAUAAUAAAUUGUCAGAAGCCGCUGUAUCGGAAGUAAAUCAGGGAUAUUUCACUCUUGAGUGCUUACAUCCAUUGGGGCAAACAUUUAAAUUAAUUAUAGAAGAAAAUGUAAAUCAAAAUAAAAUAAAAUAAAAUUUCAUAGUAUAUCAGGAGAUGAUUUUUGUUUUUAUUCAGGAAAAAUAAAUACGGUCAACGGUGGAUUUAAUAAGCAUUGUAUAGUUUUUAAUAAUUUAGUGUACUACAAGUCAUAAAGUGUACAUUAUUGACAAGUCCAUACAUCAGCUCUUAUAAUAACAGACUCAUCAUUAAAAAUAUAAGAUUUAUAGACUAACGGAAAACUAAGAAUUUGAUUACUUAAAGAUCCAGUUUUGAAUACAAUUUUCUUUGAUAAGAAGUGGUUUUGAGUUUUUUUCAAUUGAAAUUUAGACAACCGAAAGUCAUAAAGUGUACAUUUUAUGAGUUGACAUGUACAGAUAGAUCAGUAAAUAUUGGCGCUCGGAUUCAUCAUUUAAAAUAUAAGAUUUAUAGACUAAGGGAAAAACUAAGAAUUUGAUUUGAUAAGA